AUGUCAACUAAUCAUACAGCAGCAAUCAAUGGAGAUAUAGAUAGUAAAUAUUCCAAAGGUAGCGGCAGCAACAACUAUAAGAAGAGUAAUGGAUUCUUGGGAAAGAUAACGGCAGAGAAUGUUUGGAAACGUAUUGUGAUGAUGGGUGGCAUGGACUUGCGCUCAAUCGCUUUGUUCCGUUUCGCAAUGGCCUUUUGUGUGAUUGGUGAUAAUAUCGAGCGUAUGACCGACUUGUUCGCCAUCUACACGGAGGAGGGACUGUUCCCCCGCUCACUCAUCGUCACCAAGUACUCGUCAAACUACUUCUUCCCCAUCCAUCUCAUCAACACCAGCUGGACCUGCCAGCUGGUGCUGUUCCUCAUGCACACAUACUUUGCCUUUUGCAUGGCCAUUGGCUACCGCACCAAGCUGAUGUCCUUCCUCACGUGGGCCUUCACCAUCUCGCUCCAGGCCUACAUCGGACUGGUGGGCCACGGUGGCGACGUCUACUUCCGUCUCAUGCUCUUCUUCACCAUGUUCCUGCCGACCACCGAGUUCUUUGCAGUGGACACAUGGACCUUUGCCAACAGUGCUCAGCAUGGCAAGGAGGAGGAGGAUCAUCACAACAACGACUCACCACGCUUCAUUGUCGUCGAUGGCUCAUCAUCAGGCGAUGAUGUCGUCGGCAACAACUCGCCGAUCAUCAACGAUGCACCCGUGUCACACACCAGGAAGGCACUCAAUCCCGAUCGCUACCGCUACAUCUCCAUGGCGACAAUCUGUGUUCUGCUUCAGAUGUCUUGCAUGUACAUUGCAUCCUUCUUCCACAAGUCUGGUGAGGAGUGGCACAAUGGAGAAGCCACUUUCUACGCCAUCAGUCUUGAUUACUUCCAAACACCAAUUGCUCGCAUGGUAAUCCCAUGGAGGACAACUCUAAAGACAUUGACCAUCGCAGUUGCCAAGUGGGAGUUGCUUGGACCAUUGUUCUGGUACUCUCCAGUGUACACUGACUACUGCCGUCUGCUUGGCGCCGUUGGAUUCAUGGCAUUGCAUCUUGGAUUCGUGUUGUUCUUGCAACUUGGAUUGUUCUUCUGGGUCACCUUCUGCGCACAGUUUGUCAACAUGCCACCAUUCGUCUGGGACUACACCUUUGGAUUCUUUGAGAAGAAGCUGAUGAAGGGACAGCGUCCAGUGCGAGUCUAUUACAACAUCGAGUCACCACUCAGCCAGUACACGACGCUCAUCAUGAAGACCUUCUUCAUCAUGCCCUCGUCGGCCACAUAUGCACCACUGGACAAGCUGGCGGAGGAGCCCUCCAUGUCGACCACAGUUAACAGCGACGUGUAUGGCGAGGACUGGUUCGUCACGAUCGACAGCAACGGAAUCCGUCGCAAGAACCUUUCCGCCCUGAACUUCCUCAUGAGCAAGUCCCCACUACUAUUCUGGCUGUCGUGGCUGUGCACACGCGUGUCAGCCGGCGUCAGCUCUGUUUUCUCGCGCUUCUUUGUUCUCACCCACAAGCAGGGCAAGCAGUCGCAGGCGCUCUCCAAGCGUCCAUCGCUGUACGUUUUGCGUCGCUCGCCACGUCGUCGCCCAUCGCGCGUCUGGUCUGUUGCCAACAACAUCUUUUGCGCACUCUUGUUCUACCUAAUCCUUGGCUACAACCUCAACAUCUUCUCGUACCGCGUGCCAUUCUGGAGCUAUCGCCAGCAGCAGGUGGCCUUCCUCAUUCGUUUCGACCAGGGCUGGAACAUGUUCAGUCCAUCUCCACCCAAGAUCCAUUGGUGGCACGCGAUUCACGGUGAGACCGACAACGGCACCAAGAUCGAGCUGUUCAAGGACAACGCCUUCCACCAGAUGCAUCUCACUGACAAGGUCAACAUGGAGGUCAACUUUGACAAGCCGGUGCCCUUCGACACGACGUACGGCAACCAUCGAUGGUUCAAGUUCUGGGAGAAUGGCUACAACUCGGCCAAUGCGAACGAGCUGCGUCUCGAGACGGGCCGAUACAUCUGUCGCCAGUUCAAUAGCGCGCACUUUGGCUCGAUGAAACUAUACACCUUCAAGGUGUACUUUAUCUACGAGUAUAUGAGUCUUGAUGGCACUGUAUCCGCUCCAUCGAUGCAGACUCUUUGGGAGCAUGAUCGAUCCAGCCAAUGUACAUAG